AAGGUGAAAUAAAAAAUAACAAACAUCAUGAAAUGUGUCACAUUGUACAGAUCGCCGAAAUUAUGAGCUUGAGUUGGAAAUAGUAUUUCUGUCAUGUACAAAUAAGCCAUUACCUACCUAACAUACAUAUUUUGAAGUUAUUUUUAAUGAUUUUAUAGAAAAUUACUAGUAUGAAUGAUUUUGCAAAUUUAGAAAAAACUAUUGUUCGUGAACUUUCUUGUCGUCUGUGUCUUUGCACAGAUGUUGUGAAACUGAAGCCUCUUAGUGCCGAAGUGAAGCGGAAAAUCAAAAAACUCUUCGAUAUUGUUAUUAGAUCCGAUGAUGCUCUCCCCAAAGCUAUAUGCCAUGACUGUUUACAACACGUAGCAAACUUAUAUUUAUAUGCAAUCAAAGUAGAGAAAACGCAGAAAUUCCUUGAAUUUCAUAGAUUAAAAACUUUUGAAGAAAAAAGAGAGACACAGGUACAACCCGAUAUCAAAAUGCGUCCAAUAAUACCGAUAGCUUCUGCACAUAACGUUACAGAUACUAAAAAAACAAAUAUAACAAAAUCUACACCACCAUCGGAAACAAACCAGGGUGAUACUAAGCAGCCAAAACCUAAGGUACUACCCAAGAAGAAAUCACCUUCAGACCUUAGGUUCAUGGAAGCAAUGACGCUCGAAGAAUUUGCAAAAACUGAGAGAGUAGAUAAAAGUCUACUAAGCACAUCGUCUUCUAACAAAUCUCCGGCUCAUGCUAAUGAAAAAAAGGACUCCCGUAAAAAAGAAUUUGUCAAAUCAGUUGAACCCUUGGACGAUACCUUAGACCCCUUAGUUAUUAUAGACGGUAGGCCUGCAAAACAGGGUCCUGCCUUAGACAAACAAAUAACUCUUUUCUACAAAAUGGAAUGCUGUAUUUGUCACGAGAAAGGUUUCCAUUUCAGGUCUCUCAUGAGACACUAUAAGGACAGACACGGUGUUCCGGGAUACGUAACAUGUUGCGAGAAGAAAUUUCACUAUUUCUAUCCUAAAAAGAUUAUUGAACACAUGGCUUUUCAUCUACAACCGAACAUAUUCAUGUGCCCAAGCUGCCAUCAAAAUUUCCAAACGUCACAAGAACUGACUGACCAUCAGAGUAACGGUGGACGGUCCGAAGGCAAAAUACUGUGCCCUCGGUGUUCCGAGCGGUUCCCAACAUUCCACGAAUUGGGUUGGCACAUUAUAACACAUCGCACUGAUAAAAUGCAGUGCGAUUAUUGUGGGAAACUAUUAAAACACCAUCAUCGCAAGAAAACCAUAAAUCACAUGGAGGACGUCAUUUUAUGUUCCCUAUGUAUCCGAGCAUUGAAAAAUAUAGAAAAACAAGAAAAAGACAUUAAAGAAAAGGUUAAAGUUAAAGGCAACGACGCUAUAACCUUACAAAAGUAUCAGAAAUUCAGGCAAGCAAUGGGAUUAUCCGGGGACGAAGACGGUUCAACUGAUUGAAACAUAAUUAUAAUAAAAAUUGCAACACGUAAAAUUAUCAUGUAAAAAUAUUAUGUCCCAAGUGAAAGUACAUACAACUUGAAAUAAAACAAUGCGACGCCAAU